AUGGCUUCAUUCCCACCUCCCCCAGUCAACACCAUUGACUGGUCUAACGUCGGCUUUCGGGUUCGUGAAGUAAAUGGACAUAUCGAGUCGCAUUACUCACAAAAGACCGGAAAAUGGUCUCCUCUUCAAUUUGUCACCGACCCUUAUAUUCGCAUCCAUGGCAUGGCCCCGGCCUUAAAUUAUGGCCAACAAGCCUACGAGGGCCUUAAGGCUUUUCGCACUCCCUCGGACGAUAUUCAAGUCUUCCGACCUGACCGAAAUGCGGUUCGGAUGCAGCACUCUGCCGAAUUUAUUUCGGUCCCUCCUGUUCCUACCGAUCUGUUCAUCGAUGCCGUGAAAGCUGCUGUGUCUCUCAAUGCCGAGUACGUUCCUCCCCAUGAGACGGGUGCCGCGAUGUACAUCCGACCACAGAUCUAUGGAUCUAGCGCUCAGUUGGGAUUGAGCCCUCCCGAAGAAUACACAUUCUGUGUCUAUGUUCUACCGACAGGCGUAUAUCACGGCACGCACCCUGUCAAUGCUCUCAUCCUAGACGAGUUUGAUCGUGCAGCCCCCAAUGGUACAGGAAGCGCAAAGGUUGGAGGCAACUAUGCACCCGUGCUGAGGUGGAGUGACAAGGCAAGGGCUGAAGGAUACGGCAUUACGCUUCACCUGGACAGCGCAACGCAUUCGGAAGUUGACGAGUUCAGUACAAGCGGUUUCAUCGGAGCAAUCGUAAACGGGGAGGAUGUUACACUCGUAGUACCCGAUUCGAAGAACGUAAUUCAGAGUGUGACGGCAGAUAGUAUCACAGACAUCGGUCGUAGCUUUGGAUGGAAAGUGGAGAAAAGAUCUAUUAAAUACACGGAAUUGCAGAACUUCUCCGAGGUCAUGGCUGCGGGAACUGCUGCCGCCCUUGUGCCGAUUCGGUCCAUCACGAGGCGUCUAGACCCUGCUUCGCCGCAAUCUAUCUCGUCUGCCGUCGGAGAGCACAGUCGUCUAUCAAAGGAGGCGGGGUCUGAAAAGGUUACAUAUAUCGCCGAUUCCAAUGAAGAUGCUGGGCCAAUUUGCUUAAAGCUAUUGACUCAGCUCAAGGGUAUUCAACUCGGAAAGGUUAAGGAUGAGUUUGGUUGGUGUUACGCCGUCGCCCGCGAAGACGGGAUAAAGGUAAUCGGAGAGACAAAUGGGUCACACAAAAACGGAGAGACGGUUUGA